AUGUACCACCACCAACACCAACCGUCUUACAAUCCGUAUGCUACUCCGGAUCCACCACAAUAUGCAUCCCAGUAUGGCAACUGGCCAGAGCAGCCUGGGCAACAUGAUCCGAUGACCCCACAUUCCUUCUCUGGCUCGUUCCAUCAGCAGUCACGCUCGCAAUAUCACCAAUACCCCCAAUACCCGCAGCAAUAUCAUCAAUACCCUUCGCAGAAUCAAUCGUAUUCCUCGCCAAACCAGCAGUAUAACCCACAGCCGCAACAUCCAUCUCCAGCACCGCACCUCCAGAGAAGGACGUCGGCACAGGAGCGUUGGGACAACUACAUCACGAGCGCCGAGUGUUCAGAUACUCUGCAAGGUGGUACACCUCACCUUCCAAUACACCAGAGCAACUCCGAUCCGCUGACAGCCAAUUGUAACAAAGCAGACAACCAGAUGUAUGUCCACCAAGUGACGUCGGAGCUUGAGCAGCGUGCUCUUGCGGAUGAACGCCUUGAAGGCCUCUCGCAACAGCACGGUGUCGAGACACAACAUGCGCAGCAGGCGGAGCGCGACCGCCGCUUGAGGUGGGCCCAGGAGAUGAUCAUUCAGAACCCAGCUCUCUGCGCCGAGGUCUACUGCGCCAUGUCGAAGCUGCCGGCGUCUAGGAGGAGGGGAUCAAGCACGGCUGUGCCUCCGCCGCCGAGUAGCAGGAGUAACAGCAACUCCAGUGUCAACAGCAGCAACUCGUCGUACCGCAACAGCCCUACUAUCACGACCCUACCUUCCAGGUGA